AUUGUGCUGGUACUGGGCGUGUGGCUCCUGCACACCCAUUGAAUCAAACAAUGUGCUUUAGGUGUAAGUACUUAUGAUAUCCAGUGAAAUUGUCUAGAUCUAGCAAAAUAUGGCAUUCAACCUUUAACUCAAAAAUGACUCUCUUUGGGCAGCAUCGGCAGCAACGACUAACAAUAGCAACCCUAAAAUAUUAAUUCACUUGUGCUUUUCCUUUGAUGCCGAUAAGAUGAUGGAUCUUUUGUGCAAAGUAUGAUUUUAAUUGUUUUUUCAUUCUCACAAAUUCUUUAAUGUAUGUUGGUAGCAGGUGAUUCUUUUGUCUCUUUCUAGUUUGUGGAAAAAUUGGGAAGAGAACCUAUAGUGUAGGAGUAUACAUUACCUGUGAUUGCAAGGUAGGGAGGUGUUAUGUGCUUUUGUGGAUAGAUAAACAGAUGUUACAGGCAGUGACAAAUUGCAUUAAAGGAAGGUAGAAACAAGUUGUGCAUUAAAGAAAAUGAACAAAUAAACAGUGGUGAAAUUCAACAAUGGAAGACUUCAUAAAAAGUACUGUUGUUUCCAAACAAAGAAUGGCAGAGCCUGAGAGAGGUGCUUCCACUUCUGCUCCAAGAAAAAGGAGCACGCCAAUGGAAGAUGAUUUCGGAAAGGAUUUCCUUGAUGUUUGGAAAUCGUCAACGUCAAAAAAUUCAAUGGAUUAUGAUGUAGAAACAGUUUCACAAACUGGCAAAAGUUUCUUUAACUUUGACAAACUCGAUGACUUUGAUCUUGGCGGUGACUUUGGGAAACUAUCAUCUUUUCAAAUUGAUAUGUCUGAUUUGGACUUCCCAGUGUCACUCAAGAAGACUACAAAGGGCAAUGAAAACGAAACUCUUAUUGGAAAGCAAGAUCUGAAGAAAGACAAUUUCACUUUCAUGUUCGAUUUUAACAAGCUGGACAAGUUUGAUCCCACAAAAUUGGACAAGACUGAAAUCCCUUCUGGUAAAUGCAUGGAUGACAUUGCACCUAAUAUUUCUGAAAAAGAGCUUCAUAAGCAUGAUAAACAGCUUGAUUUGAAAAGGGAUAGCCCUGUUAUAUCCAGUCAUGGAGAUGUAAUAUUGAAAAAUAAAGAAAGCUUGUCCACGUCCACAUCUGAUCAAACUUUGGGGCCUGAUCCUGUAACUGAACUGGAAGGAGAAGCACUUCCUUGGGUUAGCAAAGAUCUAAGUUGUGUGAACUCUAAGCGUAUUUCCUCCUUGGUACAGGAUACUGGUGCGAAAUCACAUGAUAGUUUUCAAUCCAGAAAUUCUAGCCCUGUAAAGUCUUCCAACUCAAGUUUUUCUUGCCCACCAAAAAGCAGAACAAGAUCCAAAGAUGCCACAACACUUCAGAAUCAUGAGGAUGACCAAGAUGAGGUAACUGGAAUAAAUAAGACGUUGACUGGAUCAUUCCAAGUCUAUGAUGAAGUUGUGCAGAAUUCUGUGAUUGCAAUUCCACAGAAACAUACUGAAGCUUCUUGUGUUGAAGUUCCUUCCUCUAUGAUUCCUGGUGAAACUACAAGAAGCAAUGUAAAUAGUCCUCUUCAAGUACAAGAUAAAUUGCACACAGAUGAGAAAAAUCAUCUUACUAAAUCAAUGACUUUAAGGAUUAUGAAUGAAAACAACAAUAUGUCAAAUUCCUUAUUCAACAAGGAAUUAAAAACAAUUGGCAUUUCUGAGAGAAACUUGCUGUUAAAGUUGCCUGUCCCUUCCCUCACCAAUAUGCUACCUUUGAAGCGGAAAACUCUUAAGGAGCCUUUGACAGAACCAAAGAUCUUAAAUACAUUUGAACAUGUCAAUUCUUCACCUAAACGAAGGGUUACUCCAAGCGACACCAUAAAGAGUAUGACAUCUAAUAUUCUUUCAAGUGCAAUUAUGAGCACACCAAAGAACAAUUCUAUUGAAGUCCAAGAUAGCCUACAGAAGGAUGUCAAAACACGUUCACCUAGUUUGAGGACUUUAAGUAAACCUAGACUGACUAAAGUGAACAGCACCAUAUCAAAGUCUGCGGUGAUCAAAGAAACAAACAUGACUGUAGAAACAGAACUAAAGUUAGCAUCCAAGUCAAUUGCCUCUUCUAAUACAACGAAGCUAGCCUUCCUAGAUCCGCCUCUCAAAAUAAAGACACAUAAGGAUCCAUAUUUGAAGGCCUCUGAUACAUCAAAAUCAAUGGACCCUUCACCAGAAAGGAAAUCAGGACUAACCUCCCCAAUGGUUCAGACUAAAGAAAAUCCAGAAGGUUCUAGCAAUGUUGCAUCAUUGGAGAAUCACGGUUCUGUAGAGGGUGCACCUGAGGUACAGAACAUGGACUAUGAGCCUGUACUAAUAGAUGAAAAUGGCAAUGCAGAGAAAGCUGAAUUCUACUCAAAGAAACUUGCUGAUCUAUCUAACAUGCUGAAGAAGAAACAUGAGGAAGCAAAGGAGCUACUAGUCCGUGCCGUCGUCACCAACAACAGACUGUUGAUGCUAAACAGUCCAAUGAUCGAUGAGAAGAUAUCCUUUUGCCGUUUUAUAUACUUAACGAAGCAUUCUUCUAUCGAGCUGGAUUCAUUUCCUUGACGACAAGAUACAUUCGCCAACUUCAGAGGUUCGCCACCAGCUUGAAAUCGAGAGAAUAUUAGAUAUCUCCUAUUACCCGCCAAUAAAAUUUUGACACCAACUGAUGGAUAAAACUAACUCUCCGAAUACAUUUUCGGAGACUUUUACUAAACUCAUUUGUUUUUCUGAAAACAUGUAUGAUCCUAUUAUGGGUAUCUUGUUCAUAGUUCUUAGUCGACAUGCUAGUGCUUCUUAAGAAAUAUUCUGGUACUUGUAUUUUUUUCAAAUUUUAGACCCUUUUUUCAUGCGAGCUAGAAUCUAAACCAGUA